AUGGCGUCACUGUAUCAGAGAUUCACCGGCAAGAUCAACACAAACAAAUCCUUCCCCAACCCUCCAGAGGCGAGCCAUCUCCUCGGGCAAGGUGUCGAAGGAGAGAGGGCGGUGGAGAACCAGCGACCCGGGCUUCAGCAUCAGUACAGUCGACACUCCGAGGACGAAGAUGAGCUGGUGGGCAGUAACCCUCCGCAGAGGAACUGGAAGGGAAUAGCGAUCGCCCUUCUUGUCAUUCUGGUCAUCUGCUCGCUGAUCGUCACCUCCGUCAUCCUGUUGACACCAGGUGAGGAUGACCGCCUGGCUCUCAAAGGCAAGGUGACUGCUGGAGACCUCUUUAGAAAAGACUUCAAGGUUCAUGACCCUAACGCCAAAUGGAUAAGCAGUAAUGAGUUAUUGUACCGUAAUCGUGACGGAGAUGUCGUCAAGUUCAAUGUCGACACUGAUGACAAGACCAUCUUGGUGCAUAACAAGAAGUUUGAAAUGUACAAAGCCAGCAAGUAUGAGGUGUCUCCUGACAUGAAGCAUGUGCUGCUGGCCUACAACGUUGCACCGGUGUACCAGCAUUCUUACACGGCCUUCUACAUCAUCUGCAGUCUGGAGACUCCGGAGACAUGGAACUUGAACCCUCCAGAGGUGCGAAAUGCUCAGCUGCAGUACGCAGGCUGGGGACCUCAGGGUCAGCAACUGAUCUUCAUUUUUGAGAACAAUAUCUACUAUCGUUCCACGGUGGAGAGUCGCUCUAUUCGGCUGGUGUCCACUGGCAAAGAGGGCGUCAUCUUCAAUGGACUCAGUGAUUGGCUGUAUGAAGAGGAGAUUUUCCAGUCCCAUAUUGCCCACUGGUGGUCCCCAGAUGGUGCCAGGUUGGCAUACGCUACGAUCAACGACACCCUGGUUCCAAGGAUGGAGUUGCCCAUGUUCACAGGCACACCUUACCCAAUGGGGAAAGAGUACCACUACCCUAAGGCUGGUGAGGAGAACCCAGUCAUCACUCUGUAUGUUGUGAACCUUAAUGGUCCUCUUCACACCAUUGAGAUGAGGAGACCUGAUGAUCCCAGGAUAGGUGAGUACUAUGUGACCAUGGUGAAAUGGGCCACCACCACUAAACUGGCGAUCAACUGGCUGAACAGAGCCCAGAACAUAUCUAUACUCACACUAUGUGAGGCCACAACCGGGGUCUGCACAAAGAAACAUGAGGAUGAAAGUGAAGGAUGGCUUCACAGGCAGAAUGAGAGGCCUCUUUUUUCCAAAGAUGGACUGAAGCUUUUUUUCACCCGAGCCAUUCCUCAAGGAGGCAGGGGCAAGUUCUUCCACAUCUCCAUGUCCAUCUCCCAGCCCAACACCAGUACAGACACGCUGCAGUCCAUCACGUCUGGAGACUGGGAUGUCACCCAAGUCCUGGCUUACAAUGAGGACAGCCAGCUAAUAUACUUCUUGAGCACUGAAGAUGGUCCGAAGCGAAGACAUCUGUACAGUGCGGACACAUUUGGUUCAUUCAACCGUCGCUGUCUAUCAUGUGCCUUGUACGACAGCUGUGGCUACAUCAGCGGCUCUUUCAGCCACAACAUGAGCUACUUUUUGCUCAACUGCCAAGGCCCGGACAUUCCUUUUGUAUCCAUUUACAAGACACAGAGAGACGGAGAAAAGGUAUAUAAACUGGAGACCAAUGAGAACCUGAGGAUGGCCCUGGACUCUAUGCAGAUGCCUAUUGUGGAGUACAAGGAUAUCAACAUGGAUGACUACACUUUAUCGAUGCAGAUCCUUAAACCCGCCGGCUUCAUGGAAACAUCACACUACCCGCUGCUCCUGCUUGUCGAUGGGACACCUGGUGGCCAGAUCGUGUCAGAGCGGUUUCACAUGGACUGGGCAACAGUGCUGGUCAGCACCUUUGGCGCCAUCGUGGUGAGAUGUGAUGGACGAGGCAGCGGCUUCCACGGCACCAACCUCCUGCACCGGAUCCAGAAGAAGCUUGGCGUGUUCGAGGAACAGGAUCAGAAGGAAGCAAUCAAUUUUAUUCUUAAAGAGCCUUACAUUGACAAAACCAGAGUCGGGGCUUUCGGAAAGGUGUAUGGCGGCUAUGUGACCAGUUUGUUGGUCAGUGGGGAGCAAUCGCCUGUAAAAUGUGGUGCUGUCCUCUCGCCAAUCACCGACUUUGAAUUAUAUGCCUCUGCUUUUUCAGAGAGAUAUCUCGGACUUCCCAAACCUGAUCCAAGGGCAUACACAAUGGCAAAUUUAGCACACCGAGCAUCUCAGUUCAAGGACAAGAAAUUUCUUAUUAUCCAUCCAACAGCUGAUGAAAAAGUCCAUUUCCAACACACAGCAAAAUUCAUUACUCAACUUAUCAAUGAAAAGGCCAACUACACCUUACAGAUCUACCCAGAUGAAGGCCACUUUAUUCACAGUGAAGUAACAAGGCAGCACCUCAGCCAGUCCUUGGUGAACUUCUUUGAGGAAUGCUUCAGGCUACCAGAAAGAGUGUUUGAGGAGACUCUGGAGGAAGAUAGUGAAGACGAGGGUUAG